GUCACCGUCAUAUGUCAUCAAAGACCAGGAAUUUCUGAUGACGUCAGUGGGAGUGAAUUCCAUUUCACACAAUGGCGUGAGGAAAUCUAAAGGCCGAACUCUGUCAGUAUUGCCGGAUCUAAGUACACUGUCGAAUGCCAUUGCGGAGUUUGCUCAUGGUUUAAACUGGCGGGAUGUUGUCCUUCUGUCAGAGGAGGACUUCUCGCCGGUGUUGAGUUUAAGUGCUUACAACAUCCAAGUUCUGCCGAUGAGGUUACCCUCCCGUAUAGAGUCACCGACAGAUGAGGAGCUGAGACAAAUCCUCAUCCCUCUGCGGGAGUCUCAGCGAAGCAAAAUCAUCCUCCACUCGAUGAAGAAAGACGUUAUAGACAGCGUAAUACGAGCGGCUAAGAACCUCCAUCUGCUAUACCACAGCCUGGACUGGUUAGUCACCUACCCCGACUUUGCCGACAUUGUAUCAGGCCGCAGUACACUGUUACCGGGACGACUGUUUGGACUUCAGCUGGUCAGACCCUCAGCAGUUCCCAAAACACUCAUCGGUAACUUCUCGUCCUCUAUGACCCGCCUGGACCUGGCGGUAGCUUUUGAUGCCGUGGGGAUUUCCCGGAAUGCUAUGAGUACACACGCAGCCUGUGAUAAGUCAGACCAUGACCGAACCUUUACAGCUCAGAUGCUUAAGGGGGUCUUACAUAAAUAUGAGAAGCCUUACGAAGGAGCGCUGGGCACAUACUUCUGGGAGGAUAAAUACCCUCACCGACGUACAAAUUACACCCUGGAUAUCCUGCUCUAUAAAGGCAACGCCACAAAGAUUGCGGAAGUGUACUUCGAGGACGGAGAGCACAAUCUGACAAUCUUGCAGAUGCCCACUGACGACCCUAAGGAGGACGCGGUGUUCGGGAAUCAGGAUAUUGUGCACAUUGUAACGAGGCUGGAAGACCCAUUCGUGAUGUGCCGUGAUGGGAAGUACGUAGGAUUCAGUGUUGACCUUCUGAAUGCAAUCGCCAAGAACCUCCAGUUUGUCUACGAGUUAUACGAGGUCGCGGAUAACUCCUACGGAGAAAGGACGAAUGGCCAGUGGAAUGGGAUGGUGAAACAGCUUCAAUCUGGGAACGCUUCAUUGGCCAUCGGCGCAUUCGCCGUAACGUCAGAAAGAGAGGAGGUGAUAUCCUUUUCCUAUGCCAUAUUGUCCACCAUGACGAGUUUACUGCUGAAAAAGUCCGAGCCUCAAUGGAACUUCUUCCAGUUCCUGUGGCCGUUCUCUGUGGGUCUCUGGCUUAUGAUUGUCGCUUUCUUCUUUGUCGUGGGCAUCACGAUGUUUCUGAUGAGCAAGUACGACCAGACCCAGCGGGCGUCCGUCCAGAGAUUCGACUUGAAGGAGAGCAUGUGGUAUUCGUUGAACGUCCUGCUACAAGGCGGCACGGAGUAUUCGCCACAGACCACCUGUACCCGGACGAUCGUGGCCUUCUACUGGUUCUGUAUCCUGGUCAUAAAUGCCGCCUACACCGCCAACCUGGCGGCCUUCCUGACCCUCCGACAAAUAGACAACCGCCUCAAAGACGUCGGCGGGUUGGCCAGACAAACCACGGUGAAAUAUGGCGUGCUCAAAUCCAGUGAUGUGAUGACCUUUUUCAACAGGACCAGGGAAGAUCCUUACGAGCGCAUGUGGACCUUCAUGAAGCUGAAUGAAGAUGAGGUCAUACUAUCCAAUAGUUCGCAGGUUAUCGAGAAGGUUGCCGCUGGAAAUUACAUCUUCUUGGCUGAUGGAAUCGUCAAUGAGUACUACGCCGUCACCCAUUGUGGGAUAGAAUCCAUCGAGCAGAAUUUUGGCGGGAAACAGUUUGGAAUAGGUCUGCCCAAAGGAGCUCCGUAUCGUGAUUCCAUCAACAAGGCCAUUCUUGAGCUGAAAGAAAAUGGAUUACUGGACAACCUCCGGAAAAAGUGGUGGAAACCUCGACAAGACUGUGAGGAUGACGGGGAGGACACGGAAAAAGACAUCAAAGGCACCGCCGAGCUUAGCAUCACCAACAUGUUCGGGGUUUUCAUCGUACUGGGUACCUCGGUCGUCCUAGCGAUAUGCGCUGAGUUGGGGAAACGGAUAUUCAAACACAGCAGAAAAAAGAAAAAACAAAAGGAAGGCGAUUUGGGAAUAAGCAAUAAGGCCAGUUCGGAGCAAGCUGUCCCCAUCAUUUGAUAUCCCCCGACUAAGGCAGACCUUCUAUCCCUGUCCCUGGAGAACAUCCUCGCUAAACAGGUGUGUUUCGAGUCCGAUCAGGAAUAAGCAGCCCCAGUUCACCAACCUUGUGGCGAGUUCAGCUUCUCAUCACACUAGGAAAUAGCCAAGUCGUCUUAAAUUGUUUUGAGUU